AUGAAGAAUUUUUUUUACCUAGCUUCGUUCUGUCAUUUAUAUGCGACAGUGUUCUGCGCAUCUUGCAAACUUAAUCCAUCACAACUGCAAUGUCUCGCAGUCAACAACCGCUUCCUUACACCUCGAAACUCGCAUUGUGAUCCUUUCAAAAAGAAAUGUCGUAUGGGUGACCUUAUAAAAACUUCCAUAGCAGCUUGCGAACUCCGCCCAGCAACACACUUGAGGCACUCAUUGACAUCAUCAUACAAAAUCAGUCCAAAGAUGCGUUGUCAACCGGAAUUUGAGUCCAAGCGUGAUCUCUAUAAGCGGGUCGUGGCCAUGGGCAUUGGUGAUCCGACAUGCAUGCCCGUUGAGCUCAAAAGAAAAGGAAGCUUUACCUGUGGGGAGAAAGGUACCCAAUCGAACAAAAAAUGUUCACGUGGAAUAAAUCAAUGUACGACAAAUCCAUCUGUCUGUCUUGAUGAGAAUAAGGAAUGUAUUGAACUACAUGAUGAACUACCUUCAUGGAAUAUGGAGGGUGGUAAACAUGACGAGGGUUAUGCAUGUGUGGAUGUUGAAGACAUCAAGUAUUUAUCACGAAGCACAAACUUCUGCACUUUAAAAGGCAAGAUUGCAAAUUCUACAAAGAACGCAUUAAACUACGUGGAUACGUGCUGCCGAAAUCAGUUAAAAUGCAACAAAAACAAUGCCAAAGAUGUCCAAGGCAACAUAAUGAGUCAUCGACCAUGUCAUUGUAAUGUGGAGUUUCGCAAAUGUUUAAGACGAUACGUCACGAUCAGCGUUUAUAAAGAUCUUGCUAAUACAGUACUUCGUGCCAUAAAUCAGCUUAAAAACUGCGAAAUUAGGGAUGGAAGCGCCUGUAAUCCAAGCAAGCCAAAAACAUGUCGGAAAGGUGAUCUUAUUGAUCCAAAGUAUGCCCAUUGUAAGGUGAACUGUAGAACGGGACCGUUGCUGCCAAUUGGACAGCGCAUGUGCAGAAUACGACAGUGUAAACCACCCAAUUAUGUGGAAGGAGUACGAAUCAUCGACAUUCCUAAUCAUAGAACUAGUUCAAUUUGUCAGCCCGUACGCAGGCUACGGUAUCUGUGCGGUAAAGGUGACACAAGAUGUGUAUGUGACGGAAAACCAAGGGGAGAAAUAUUUACUGAUCGAUGUCGUUGUCAAUUUUGGCCUCUUAAAGUAUGA